CUUCUUCUAUGACAUGGCGUCUGCUCUUUUUCAAGGAGCAAAACAUGCCGUCUUGUAUUCGAAAUUUCGUCCUUCGCCUCCAUCUCAACUGGUUCGGAACAUUUUGGAUUACUUGAAAAAGGUGGGCGGUUCGUGGACCAGGGCCGUGGACAUCGGUUGUGGCAGCGGUCAGAGCACGAUUGUCUUGGCACCCCACUUCGGAGAAGUCUGUGGCCUGGAUGUCAGCGAUGCACAGUUGGAGUGUGCCAGGAGGGAGAGAACGCUACCCAACGUGCAGUACAAGCUGUCUUCGUGCGAGCGUCUGCCCUUCGCCGACUCAUCCGUUGACCUCGUGACCUUCUGCCAGUCGGUGCACUGGUUCAAACCGGAUCUCAUCUUCGGGGAGGUGGGGCGGGUCCUCUCCCCCCUGGGGGUGGUCGCGGUCUACGGAUACUGGAUCCCGGUCCCCCGGACCGGGGACAAGGAGAAAGACCGACUCAUAGACCGCCUGGUCAUGCAGUCACUACAUGAAGAGAAAUUGGGGCGCUAUUGGGACAAAGAGAGGUACAUCGUACAGAGACAUUAUGCGGAUGUCCAUCUUCCAUUCAAGAACGUCCUCAGGCAGAACUUUGUCCACUCCACGAAGAGCUCGGUGUCCGAGUACUUGGGCUACCUCAGUUCUUGGAGCGCCUAUCAGAAGCUGAUGGCCGAAGACCCCACGAAAGCCAAAAACAUCCUUGAAGAUUUCAAACUAGAACUGCUGGGGAUUUUGGGAGAAGGGUCAACCGAAGACGUCGACCUCACCCUGUUUACCGAUUACUUCCUGCUGAUUGGACACCGCUAG